UUGAUGAUCUAAAUGAAGAGAAACCUAGGAAUAAAGAGUUAUAUAAGGAUUCAGAUCUGAAUCGUGCUUUCCAAAUUGAUUUCAAGGACCAUGUCAAUUAUAUGUCAUUUUUAAAGAAUCGAUUAAGCAAAGUUUCCAAAUCUCCUGAAAAUUACUACAAUUACUUACCUGUUGUUCAAUCAUCAGGAUAUGGCAAAACAAGGUCUAUAUGUGAGCUUGCAAAAUCACACCCUUUAAUAUAUAUAUGUUUUCGUGAUAAAGGCUCAACUGGAUACCCCCCAGCAACACCAAAGAGUGAUAUUAUGCUAAAAGAAAUUAAAAAAGCAACAAAUAUAGCAAUUGCAGAAGAAAUGGCAAAGAUAUGGCUUAAAUCAAUGAUAUUUGUGUUUUAUGAGAUGAAAUUGGAGUCUUCAAAAUUAUUGACAAAUACUGAACUGGAAAACAAUUUCUGGAAGAAGGUUCAUUCAACAAAAGAGAUCUUAAAAUCAAAUUGGGAUGCUCAAAAAAUUGAUAAUAAAAUUACAAAAAAAAUAGCCAUUUUUUUUGAUGAAUCUUCUGCCCUUCUUGAUAAUCAAGAUAAUGAUAAUAAAUCUUUUCGAGCAAUUCGCCGAGCUUUAUAUUUCUUUUCAGAAUAUGCUUAUGGCAUUCUUACUGAUACAAAUUCUUCUGUUGCUAACCUUGCACCAUCAAAAAAUAAAGACAGUUCUGCAAGGGAAUAUGAUCGUAAUAUUCACAAACCAUUUAUUUACAUAGUAACACAGGAUUGCUUAAGUGAUAUAGACCAGAUUCCACAUGAUGAAGAUAUCUCAGCACAUGAUAUUAUUCAGUUUGGUAGGCCUCUUUGGGCAUCUAAUUGGGUAGCUAGUAAACACUCAGAUAAUCAAUUUAAAUUUCGUGAUGUAAUAAAUCUUGCAAAAGCCAAACUUCUUGGAAGUACCUCUAGCUGGAAUAUAGGUAAAUCUAAUAGUCAAUGGAAGAGGACUGUCACUCUUGCAUUAAUUGCAUGCACUGCUGCUUUAUAUGUCUCCCCAGCAUCAAGCAUUGCACCAGAACUUGUUAGGGCACACAUGGCUACUCUGAUUGCAAUUGACAAAGAUUACGAAAAUUAUAUUAUCACAUACCCUUCUGAACCUAUACUUUCAGAGGCUUCAUUAGAAUUAAUGUCAGAGGGAAAUAUUGGAAAGAAAUUAUUAUUGUUGAAUGCCUGGCAUCAUCUAGUCCUCUCAAAAAAGUCAAUUAACUCUAAGGUGACAUUUUCUUCUCGAUUUCCAGUUAUUGAUUUCCUUCAAGAACUUCUUGGUUAUGCAUUUCCAAAAGAAAAGUUUUCCCACUUCAAUGAUUUUAUGUUAGGAUUUACACAUUUCAUUCCAGUCACAUAUGUACCAGUUAAAGAAGAUCUUAUUUCAAUCUAUAAACGACGUGGUGCUGUGUUAUGUAAAAGAAAUCAAAAAGGCAUAGAUUUAAUUAUUCCAAUUAUGUGUAAUAAAAAUAUAAAAAUAGGAACAAUAUUAAUUCAG